UUUUGUGUUCUUUGAAAUAGUUAUAAAGAUUGGAGGGUUUUUUUGUCUUUGUUACUGCUGUUAUUAUCCUUGUUUCAAUAUGAACUACUUAUUUACUGUUGUGCUUUGUUUUAUGCUAGUGGCUAAAUUUCAAGCUUCUCUAGCUCCUUACAGAGGGCACUGUCUCUGCAUAGAUAAAGGCUAUAAUGUUAUUCCUACAAGAAAUGUGGAAAAAAUUGAAGUGUUUGCUGAGAGCUCUUCUUGUGAACAUGUUGAGAUUAUUGCUACGUUGAAGUUUCCAAAAGAGCGAAGAUGCCUGAACCCUGAAGCUAAGCAUGUCAAGAUGAUGAUGAAGCACUUAAUGAAGAAACAUUCUGCAGGAAAACUUCGUGUGUGAGUGACCAGCGCAGACCUGCUCUCAGACUGCGGUUGUGGGGCUCUGGAGCUGAAGCAUGCCCCUUUGCCAUGGGCUCUGUACAGCUCUGCAGACAAACUGCAGCUGAGGCUUUUCCAUAUUCUCUUCAAUUCCAAGACUCAGGCACCUGCAACAUCACUGGUGAUUAACACCUGGAGCAGCAGUGUGUCUCAGCAUGUGCUGUGCAUGCAUGUGCUUCCUACACAGAAGCCAAGCUGUUAAGAUGGUAGCAGUAAGACUAGAUCUAACCUCUGGGGUGUCCAAUAGCUUCAGGUUGCUGUUGGCAGGCAUCUGUUUUUCUGUUACCAAGUAUUUGCUUGAGCAGCUGAAGUAGCUGUUUUCAUUACUGUAGUAAGAAUGAGCCUCCUACUGAGGUCUUAGCUUACCUUUCAUAAGCAAGAAUCCAAAUGAUUUUGGACCCCUUAACAAUGUCAUGUUUAAUCCCUAAAUGCAUAUUUCGUUACUUUCUAUGUGACUGUAUGUAAUGAGAGUAACUACUGGAUACAAGCUAAUUUAUAAUCUUUGUAAGUAAAAUCUGUACUAUAUUAAGUAGCAAUGUAAAUGUUAGCUCUAUAGUGUAAAUAUACAGCUACCUACAGAAGAGAAUGUAACAAAGUAGAAUAAGCUCUAAACUUUCUAUUACUGUCUUGUAAAGGUAAACUAAUAAAAGACACUGAACUGAU